CACCAAUCUGAAGCCAACAGCCAUCUAAAGAUCUCUUCCUUCUCACCCAUAUCAAAAAUUUUCUCUACCACCUCUUACAAAAUUUCCCCAGCAAAACCACUCAAAUCUCAAACCAAUAUUCUUUUUCUUUUUUCAUUAUUUUAUAUGCACUAAUAUUGUUUUUUAGUGAGUUAAAUCUUAGAUUAAAUCAGCAAAAUUUUAGCAUCUGAUAAACAAAGCCCAGAGAAGAACAGAUUCUGAUUAUUAGUUAAACAGUAAUCGACAGUUAGAGGCAGAGACGACUAAUCAUACUGUUGUUGCAGAGUGGAAGCUCAGGUUUUGGGGGGUGUGUGUGUGUCUUGCUGUUGAUUGGUCCGCUGGUUGCUUCGAAAGGGUAUAUUUCAGAGGUUACAUCUUGUUUAGGAUACAUGGCUAAUCCGUCCGAGCGAUGGAUUGAUGGCCUUCAGUUCUCAUCGCUGUUCAGGCCUCCGCCGCAGGACCCUCAACAUCGAAAGGUUCAAAUUACUGCAUAUGUCGAGUAUUUCGGUCAAUUCACAUCAGAACAAUUCCCUGAGGACAUUGCUGAGCUUGUCCGCAACCGCUAUCCAUCUGAUGAACAGCGCCUUUUUGAUGAUGUUCUGGCAACGUUUGUCCUUCACCAUCCUGAACAUGGGCAUGCGGUUGUUCUUCCAAUUAUUGCAUGCAUAAUUGAUGGUACACUUAUGUAUGAUAAGAAUGCCCCUCCAUUUUCUUCAUUCAUCUCCUUAGUCUGCCCAAGUAGUGAGAAUGAGUAUUCUGAACAGUGGGCACUGGCAUGUGGAGAGAUCUUGCGGAUUCUGACUCAUUACAACCGUCCAAUAUGUAAAACGGAACUGCCAAAUAGUGAAGCAGAUAGAAGCAAUAGCAGCAGCCAAGCUACAACAAGUGAAUCUGCUGAUGGGGAAUCAUCCUUUCACAUGCCUUCAAUGCGACAGGAGAGGAAGCCUUUGAGGCCUUUAUCUCCCUGGAUUACUGAUAUAUUGCUUGCAGCGCCUUUGGGCAUCAGAAGUGAUUACUUUCGUUGGUGCAGUGGUGUUAUGGGUAAAUAUGCAGCUGGAGACCUCAGGCCGCCUAUGACUGCUUCUAUUCGUGGAUCUGGAAAGCAUCCUCAGCUCAUGCCAUCAACUCCAAGAUGGGCAGUUGCUAAUGGUGCUGGUGUCAUUUUAAGUGUAUGCGAUGAGGAGGUUGCACGCUACGAGACUGCUACUUUAACAGCUGCAGCAGUUCCUGCACUUCUACUUCCUCCACCGACAACAGCUUUGGAUGAGCAUCUAGUUGCUGGGCUGCCAGCUCUUGAACCGUAUGCUCGAUUAUUUCAUCGGUACUAUGCCAUUGCAACUCCAAGUGCCACCCAAAGACUUCUUCUUGGACUUCUAGAAGCACCACCAUCAUGGGCCCCGGAUGCACUUGAUGCUGCUGUACAGCUUGUGGAACUCCUUCGGGCAGCUGAAGACUAUGCAACUGGUAUAAGGCUUCCUCGAAAUUGGAUGCAUUUGCAUUUUCUGCGUGCAAUUGGGACUGCAAUGUCUAUGAGAGUGGGUAUUGCCGCUGAUGCUGCUGCAGCUUUACUUUUUCGUAUACUGUCACAGCCUGCACUGCUCUUUCCUCCAUUAAGACAAGUUGAGGGAGUGGCAGUUCAACAUGAACCUUCUGAUGGUUAUAUUUCGUGUUAUAGGAAGCAGAUAGAGGUGCCUGCAGCUGAAGCAACUAUUGAAGCUACCGCCCAAGGUAUCGCAUCAAUGCUUUGUGCUCACGGACCAGAAGUGGAGUGGAGAAUAUGUACAAUAUGGGAAGCUGCUUAUGGCCUGAUUCCCUUGAGCUCUUCAGCUGUUGAUCUUCCGGAUAUAAUUGUUGCAACCCCAUUGCAGCCUCCCAUACUAUCAUGGAACCUAUACAUACCUCUUCUUAAGGUCCUUGAAUACCUUCCACGCGGAAGUCCUUCUGAAGCGUGUCUCAUGAAGAUAUUUGUGGCCACUGUUGAAGCUAUUCUACAGAGAACUUUUCCUCCUGAAUACUCCAGGGAGCAAACCAGAAAAACAAGAUACAGCAUGGGUUCUGCCUUAAAGAAUCUUGCUGUGGCAGAGCUUCGUACAAUGGUUCAUUCCCUCUUUUUAGAAUCAUGUGCUUCAGUGGAGCUUGCUUCUCGCCUGCUUUUUGUCGUCUUAACCGUGUGCGUUAGCCAUGAAGCUCAGUUCCAUGGGAUUAAGAGACCGCGAAGCGAGGAAAGUUAUCCUCCUGAUGAGAGCAUUGAGGAGUCGCAGGCACAGUUUGAAAAGCUGAGAGACAUAAAACCUAGAAAAACAAAAAAUCAAGGGCCUGUAUCUGCAUUCGAUUCUUAUGUGCUUGCUGCUGUUUGCGCUCUUGCCUGCGAGCUUCAGUUGUUCCCCUUGGUUACAAGCGGAAAUACUCAUUUGAUCGCUAAAAAUGUUCAAGCUAAACCCAAUCAUACAAAAGUAAAUGGAUCUUCUAUCGAGUAUGGACAUGGUAUCGACUCAGCUAUUCAUCAUACUCGCAGAAUCUUAGCGAUUUUAGAGGCACUCUUUUCACUGAAGCCGUCUUCUGUUGGCACCUCAUGGACUUAUAGUUCGAAUGAAAUAGUUGCUGCAGCUAUGGUUGCCGCUCAUGUUUCUGAACUAUUUAGACAGUCAAAGGCUUGUAUGCAUGCGCUCUCUGUCCUAAUGCGAUGCAAGUGGGACAAUGAAAUUUACACUAGGGCAUCAUCGUUAUACAAUCUCAUUGACAUUCACAGCAAGGCAGUUGCAUCCAUUGUUGACAAGGCUGAACCAUUAGAAGCACAAUUGAUAUAUGCACCUGUUUGUUUAGAUAGCAGAACACGAAGCAAACGUACAAAUACCGCUUGCUGUGAUCCUCCUCGAGUAUCUUCUUCAGAAUAUGAAGAUUCAAUUCAUCCAGCCAAUAAUCUCAGAUGUCAGAUGGUGUUAACAUCAGAUGAAGGCUUAGGAAAUUCCACGGGCAAAAGUGUAGAAAGUUUCCCGUUAGAUGCCUCGGAUUUGGCCAAUUUUCUUACAAAGGAUAGGCACUUAGGAUUCAAUUGCAGUGCACAAAUUCUUCUAAGAUCCUUGCUUGUGGAGAAGCAAGAGUUAUGUUUCUCUGUUGUUUCACUAUUGUGGCACAAACUGAUAGCAGCCCCUGAAACACAACCCAGUGCCGAAAGCACUUCUGCCCAACAGGGAUGGAGACAGGUGGUUGAUGCAUUGUGCAAUGUCGUAUCAGCAUCUCCGGCAAAAGCAGCAACUGCAGUUGUUCUUCAGGCGGAUAGGGAAUUGCAGCCAUGGAUUGCCAAAAAUGAUGAUCAAGGUCAGAAGAUGUGGAGAAUCAACCAGCGGAUUGUAAAGUUGAUAGUGGAACUAAUGAGAAAUCAUGAUAUCCCGGAAUCAUUGGUAAUUGUAGCAAGUGCCUCUGAUUUGCUUCUACGUGCCACUGAUGGAAUGCUCGUAGAUGGGGAAGCUUGCACUUUACCACAACUCGAGCUGUUGGAAGCAACAGCUAGAGCAGUUCAGCCAGUACUAGAGUGGGGGGAAUCAGGACUGGCUGUCGUGGAUGGACUUUCAAACCUGUUAAAGUGUCGUCUGCCAGCUACAACUCGAUGUCUUUCUCAUCCAAGUGCACACGUUCGUGCUCUCAGCAUAUCGGUACUUCGCAAUAUUCUGCAAUCAAAUCCUAAGCUGGAAAUAAAUGGUAUCCAUGGUCCUUAUUUCAGUAUCAGUGUCAUCGAUUGGCAUACUGAUAUCGAGAAGUGCUUAACAUGGGAAGCUCAUAGUCAACUUGCAAGAGGAAUGCCUAUACAUUUUCUCGACACCGCCGCCAAAGAACUAGGCUGUAAUAUUUCGAUGUAACAUGAAUUAACCUUCGAAUCCUUUUCAGGUCCGACUACAUAGAGGAAUAUAAUAGAACUUUCUCCCAAGUGGGUUGAACUGAAGGAUAUGGGGAUGAAGCCUUUGAAGGUUGUGAAAAGCAUGCAAUACAAGGACUCUGCCACACCAAGGUUUUAUGUCACUAAUCUUACUUUGACUAUAAAUUAGCUUUGUUAUAUUAUAGGCCAAGAUUCCCAUUUGUUUGAGGGAUUACAGUAUGUAAUUUCAGUUAACUUCUAUGGUUUCAAUCAGUUGUAUUUGGAUAGUUUAGUUCAUCUCAGCAUUAUGGGUACCUAAAGUUUUUAGUGGUUGA